AUGAACUUUUUAAGCAAGACACUAAGCACCUUCACUGGUACUUCGAUACCGUACACUUUUAAAGAGAAAAUCGUCGAUCCCGUCACACUUGCAUCGUCACAGCUCGAAACUGAUCAAAAUUCAAUUUGGACCUUAUACAACGGUGUCAACCCGAAGGACUCCUCUGAUGUGUCCAUAUUUGAAUUUAGCCUUUGCGAGCCAAAAACUCAACGCUAUGAGCUACUAGCACGUAAUGCGUUUAAAAAGUUGAAAUUGAUUAAAUUUCCGGGAAUUAUAUCCAUUAUUGACUUUAUUGAAAAUGAUUCCCACUUGUACAUAAUUACCGAAAGAGUACUUCCCUUAUCGGUGUAUUUGGGAAACAAUAAAUUGGAUAAUGAUGCAUUGGUGGCUGGGCUCUAUUCUGUUGAAAAUUCAUUGAAGUUUAUUAAUGAUGAUUGUAAUUCAGUGUAUGGGGGAUUGAAUUUUUACAAUUCGGUGUUUGUCAAUCGACUGGGAGAUUGGAAAUUAAUGGGAUUUGAAAUUGUCACCAAUUUGACAUCGGACCCUGAUCAACCCAUUUAUCGAUUGAGUCAGUCUUUGCCUCAUUUUCAACAACAGGAUAUUGAUCAUGACUUUAUUAGACAAAAUCCGAAGAAGUUUGAUGGGUUCAAGUUGGCAUGUUUUGUGUAUGCAGUAUUCAACGGAAAGGGGGUAGUUGAUACUAGUGUGAAAUUGCCGGUCAAGUUAGUUGGUCCUGUCAAGAGGUUGUACGCUAAGCGAUCAACCAUUGCUGCGUUUGUCAAAGAGUUGGAAGCUUUCCACCAACUGAAUAAAGUCAUCCAAUUUGACCAUCAGUUGUAUGAGUUACACUUUAUGAAUGAUGGUGAGAAAAUUACCUUUUUCAAGUAUGAGUUGCCGCAAUAUAUCGAGGAUGAUAUAUAUCCACCCGGAAUGUUGAAUUACAAAUUACUUCCUGAAUUAAUCCGUCAGUACAAACAGUUGACGAAGAGUAGUAGCACUGCUGCAGCUGCUCCUGGAGCAGCCACUGAUCCCAAUGUGCUUGAUCCUAUGACGAGACAGGAAACUUUAACAGCCAUCCUUAAUUUAAUUGUCAAAUUUGGAACAAAGUUGACAUCCGACGAGUUCAACAAACAAAUAAAGCCCAUUAUUUUUGAAAGUUUCAACCUUGCUGAUCGAGCAAUUCGAUUGGUGUUGUUGACCCAUUUACCUGCAUACCAAGAGUUUCUUCUGGAUUCAGAAAUUCAAUCAAAAAUAUUCACACCAUUAAUCACUGGAUUUCAAGAUACAAAUUUCAUGAUCAGAGAAACAACCUUGAAAUCAAUCACUAUUAUUAUUGAUAAGAUUUCUGUCAAACAAGUUAAUCAAGAGUUGCUCCGUAUCCUAGCCAAAUCUCAAAUGGACCCAAAACCUUCAAUUAGAGUCAACACGUUGAUUUUAAUUAUCAAAAUAUCAUCCAAGAUUUAUUCCAAUUCCAAAAACAAUGUGCUCAUAACUGCCUUGUCGAAAUCAUUGCGUGAUUCAUUUGUUCCUUGUAAAAUUACUGCAUUAAAUGGGUUCAAAUCAUUAAUUGAUGAAUUUUCGUUAGAAGAAAUAUGUUCCAAGAUAUUGGGCCAUUUAGCUAUAUCUUUGAUGGAUAAAGCGUCAGCUAAAGUUCGCCAUGAGGCUAAAGAUGUGUUUGAUUUGUAUUUGAGUUCAGUGGAAACACAUGCAAAAGAAUUGCCCAAUGUUGAGCCUGAUGAAGAUGAAGAAGAACGUGAAUUUUAUAAACGGUUUGCACCAAAGCCACAACCUGAUGAAGAAGGUAGCAACUCUUUUUCUGAACCUUCAAACUCGAACGCUGCUGCAAAUGGCGGCUACUUUGGAUGGGGAGUGGUUAACAAAUUGACCUCGUUUGGUGGUGGUAGUGGUGGCGCAACUGCUGAUAUUGCCACUGGUGGUCAAUUGAACAAAGAUUUCAACCAGUCUACACCUGAUAUCACUCGAAUCGGUACCCCUACACAACAGCAAUUGCCGAUCUUGGAAACUCCUGUCAAUGUAAAUGCAAUCAAAGAUACUGGUGGCGAUGAAUCAGGUCAAGGAUGGGAUGACGAUUUCAACGAAGACUGGCUUGACAACGACAAUGAAUCUAGUAUCCAAAAGCCAAUAGUUGAACCAAUACGAAAAUUGAAUCUUGGCAAAUCAACUGAUAUACAUACAUCUACACCAGGGGCAAGGUCGGCGAGAAAACCACUAGGUUCGAAAAAGCCAACAUCAUUGAGGUUAGGGCACAGUUCCAAGGCCAAUCCGAAUAAACCUAAACCGACAUUAAAUUUGAACUUGGCUGUUGAUGCUGCUGAUGACGGUGAAGAGGACGAGUGGGGAGAUGGUUGGUGA